UUUCUCUGUUGUUGCACGAAUGCAAAAGCGAAAGGUCGCGGCAAAGCCACUGGGCCUUGGCCUGGCACUGAAGAAGGCGUCGGCACCGCUGAAGACAGCAUCAACACCGCUGAAGGAGCUCCAGGGCGAAUCGACAGGAAGUAAGCAAAAUUGCCCAAGCAGGAAACACAGCCAGAGAAUUCUGCCCGCAUGCUGACCCUAACACUCAUGCUUUCAAAUGAGCAGACCACACACAGAAGCAAAUAGCUCCAGCGAAGCCGCCAGUAUUUACUGCAGACACCGACAGCGAGCAAGGCGCCGGUGAGGAGGAGGCUGGCAGACAGCAAAAGAAGAAGCGCAACCUGGACCUGUUCCUCGAGGAGCUCAAGCACACGCAGGAGCAGCGCGAGCACACAAAGUCCUUCGACGCCAUGCAGUCCACGAACCUGUUCAUCAGCAAUGUCCACCCGACUACUGACGAGCAGCAGCUGAAGCAGGCGUUUAUGCAGUUUGGAGAGAUCGACAGCAUCAAGAUUAUGUGGCCGCGGACACCUGAGGAGCACGAGCGUGGCCGCAACAACGCGUUCGUGUGCUUUUCUCUGCGCGCCCACGCAAGCCUGGCCCUCGAGGCCAUGGACGGACAGGUCCUGGAUGGCAACAAGCUGUGUGUGCGCUGGGGGAAGCCUGUGUCGAAGCUGGUCGCUGGCGCAGCGAAGGCAGCCAAGGAAUCGGCUGGGGAGGAGCCUGAGAACCCGUUCAAUGCCGUGCAGGACGAGGUCACAGUGCACCGGCCAAAGGACCCGGCGGUGCUGCGCACAAUCCACUGGACCAUCCAGCAUGUGCUUCAGUACGGCACGCCAUUCGAAGUAAUGCUGAUCAACCGUGGCGACCCGCGGCUGGCAUUCCUGAUCAACAGCCGGUCUGCCGAAGGCGUGUAUUAUCGCUGGCGCAUGUACUCGCUUCUGAACGGCGACACCAAGGAGCGCUGGCGCACCAAAAUGUUUGUCAUGUAUGACCAGGGUGGGCCUGUGUGGCAGCCGCCGCCCAUCGUGCGUGACGUUUUGGGCUUGAGCCGAGUCGAGCGCGAGCAGCUGGUUGACGCCCUGAACCACGUCACCAACGAGCGUGGCAGUGUUGCCCAUGCAAUGAAGCUGGCCAUCGAGUGUGCCAGCGCCUGGGAGGACGUCGUUGAUGUUGUGACUCGCUCGCUGCUGGAUGAUGCCGCACCGUACAUGAGCAAGUACGCCAGAUUGCUGGUGGUCUCGGAUAUCUUGCACAACUGCUCAGAGCAGGGUGCGUGGCGGCUGAGGCAGGGGUUUGAGAAGGUGCUGGACCGCGUGUUUAGGCAUCUGGCGGACGUUUAUCGUGCAAUUGAGGCGAGAUUAAGGGCAGAGCACUUUCGCAAACUGGUACUGGCCGUGCUGGCGGUGUGGGAGGUGCGCAUGGUCUUUCCACCGGAUAUGCUGCAUGCAUUCUCAAAGGGGUUCUUAUAGAUAGGCCUGAUUAGCCUACACAUGGAGCCAGCGUCGGCUGUAUAGUCUAGAGAGCCAAUUCUGGUGUGGCAUACUUUGGACAGCAAAUAAAUGUUGGUUUCACCUGUGGCCAAGGAGCAUGGCGAUCUCAUCGCAUACCUGGCAUUUCCACGCCGGAUACGCUGGCCGCCUGGGAAAAGCCCGGCAUUCAAGACUUGCCAUCAUCAGCAGUGUUUUGCAAUAGUGGAAUUGCGUGCUUGAUAACAAUAGCAUGUUUAGAG